UAAACAAACUAAAUACUGUGUUUUAGCUUACAUAUGCAAAAUGAAAAGAAAGACAGAGAACUUAUUUUACUUUUGUUUCUUUAAAUUAGAAUCCGUAGGAUAUUGAUAAAUGUUUGGACAAGUAAGUUGUCAUGUCAUUGGGCGCACAAAGUUCGGUUACUCCUAUCAUACAACAACCGCAAAGCAGUACUGAAGCGCCACCUGGUUCUGUUCCAGUAAAUGGGGUCACAAUUCGAAAUUUGAAAGAUUCGCAGCAAGAUGCAGAAUUCGCUGGAAGAUUGAAAAUUGAGGCUUUCAAAGGGAAAUAUGUGUAUAAUAUUACAGAGAGAAAACUGCCAAUUGCAAUAAAGAAUCUAGCAGCGAAUCAUAGAGGUCAAGAUCAGGCGUUCUACAAUCGUACUUUUGUAGCAGAACUAGAAGGGCGACCUGUUGGGCUACUUCAACUAAAAUUCAAAGAUGACAAGGAAAUAGAAAAAGAUGACCAUGUAUCAGAGUUAGGUUGCUGGCACGCAUGGAGAUAUCGAUGCUGUAUCAUGGGAGCUACUGAUGUCGAUAAAAAUACGAAGUGCUAUUUGGAUCAUAUAUCUGUAGAUGAAAGCGCUCGAGGGAAAGGCGUCGGCAAGGUAUUGAUGCAAAGGACUGAAUACGAGGCAAGAUCUAGAAAUUGCUCGAAUCCCGAGGAAUAG